CGCGCUGCUGGUGCUUAUUGCAGUCACGUUUGCUUCGCGUUUUCCACCAGUGUAUUGCUAUCACCACAGCGCGCGAAACUGAAUGGUAUGGGGAUACUUGUUGGCGGGGAUGGCUACGUUUGCUGGGCCAUCGCGUCAGUUGGAUCUUAGGUUUUUGGGUAGUUGAAAGUGAAAAGGGACCGCUAGAGGACUCAUCGGUAAGGCUAUCCUAGCGGGCCCUUGCCUUAGACGUUGGGAUAUCGGUAGGAAGGACGAAGUCUGUAUAUAAUUAGCUAAGACCAGUCGCGAGUGCAAUCACAGUUCGUUUAUUUUUACUUUCAGUUUCUGUUUCUACGGGUGCUUAUUCGAUUGUGUUUUUAUUCGGCGAGCUGUGAUUCUCGUUCGUGAUGGAACAUCAGGCAUACGGAUGCGCGAAAAGAGUGAAAUAGCAAGUACGAUAAAGUGAGAUGACCUAGGUUUUCCGUCCGUGUGGACACUCACGCAUAGAGCUCGCUGGUUUCGUUCUUUCUCUCUCGAUCAUCUCCUGUUCUCCUUCUAAAGUAACUGCGCGGAUCUGGAUGCGUAUUAAAAUGGUGGGGAUAAAAAUGCUUAUGUACUAUGGUGAAGCAGAAUUGCUUACUAUGGUGAGGCAUGUCUGUACCUUGUCUUUGCUCGUGUAUGCUCUGUUGCAUAGCACCAUAACCUCUCAACUUCCAUUUCCCGCCAAGCAUUUUAGUGUAACUUCUAUUGUAAAUUUAUGACCAAAAAUGACUGAAGAAGCAAACAGUAAUGAAUUCAUGUUGAGGCCAAUGAGUUGUGAAUUGAAUCAACUAUCUAUGCCUGAUGGAUCGGCAAUGUUGAUGCAAGGGGAUACAGCAGUUAUUGCUGGAAUUUAUGGACCUGCAGAGUCCAAAGCACAAAAGAUGUUGUACGAUAAAGCAUCUGUUGAGGUGUCAUAUGCUCCUAUCAAGGGUGCAGCUAAGGUUGAUGACAGAGUAACAGAAAUGUACAUAAAAGAGACAUGCGAAGCUGCAAUUAUUACAACAUUUCAUCCAGCAACGUCCAUAUGUGUAAAUGUACAAGAACUAGAUGAUUCUGGUGGGUUAUUAAGUUGUAUACUGAAUGCAACUUGUUUAGCGCUUAUUAAUGCUGGAAUUCCAAUGAAAUUUACUAUUGGAGCAGUAAGUUGUAUGAUAGAGGAAGGCACUGCAAAUAUUAUUUUGGAUCCUGACAAUAAUCAAUUACAGAAUGCUAGGGUUCAAUUUACCUUUGGAUUUGAUAGCAUGAAUAAAGAUGUUGUAUGCUGUCAUACUGAAGGCCGUUUUACACAAUCAGAGUUUUUUGAAGCAAUGGACAAGUGUAAACAGGCUAGUCAAUAUGUAUUUGAUUUUUACAGAAACAUUGUAAAAAAGUAUGCAAAAGCAAUAUAACAUUUCUAUAUUUUUCUGAAA